AUGAUGAUGAUGAAGGUAGAAGAGCUGGUGACUGGGAAGAAAGCGGAUGAUAAAGAGACUGGCAGCUUCCUCCCUGAGGACUUCAAAAAUGGAGAGUAUGAAGCUGCUGUUAGAUUAGAGAAGCAGGAGGACCUGAAGACAAUCUCUGAACAUUCACUUUCCCGAGAUGACCUGACUUAUGAGAAGGAGAAAAAGCGAGAAGCAGAGCUGAAGAAGAAGAAAUUAGAGGAAAGGUCAAAACUUGAAAACUUGGAGGACCUUGAAAAAAUUAUUCAGCUGAAGAAGAAGAAGAAAUGCAGGAAAGUGAAAGCACCCGUUGUAAAGGAGUCUGAACCAGAAGUUAUUACAGGACCAGUGGAUAUACCCACAUUCUUUAGAGCCGCACUGGAGAAUAAGUUGCCAGUAAUUGAAAAAUACCUGUCAGACAAAGGAGAUCCAAAUGUCUGUGAUGAGUACAAACGUACUGCGCUGCACAGGGCAUGCUCUGAAGGACAUCUAGAGGUGGUGAAAAAGUUGGUGGAUGCUGGAGCCCGGCUCGAACAGAAAGACAUGCUCGAAUCUACCGCCCUGCACUGGGCAUGCCGGGGAGGGAAUCUGGACGUUCUGAAAUUCUUACUGGACAAAGGGAUAAACAGAAACGCAAGAGACAAGCUGCUCAGCACCCCUUUGCACGUGGCUGUGAGGACGGGUCAGUACGACUGCGGGGAGCACCUCAUCGCCUGUGAAGCGGAUCUCAAUGCCAGGGACAGAGUGAGUACCGACAGCUUCUUACCUGUCAGCCCUCAGGUGGCACCAAGCUGCCAUCUGCCUCGAUAUCUGACCCGCUACAAAAUGAUCAGGCUACUGAUUCUGUACGGAGCGGAUCUAACUGUAAAGAACUGCCAAGGGAAGACGCCUAUGGAUCUUGUUCUCCAGUGGCAGAAUGGCACCAAAGAGAUAUUCAACAGCUUGAAAGACAACUCCUAUAAGAGUGUCCACCUAGGCAAGUUCUGA